GUGUGUAUAUAAGGAACCUAAAAUGCAUAGAUAAUAAGGGGGAGAGGGGUGCCAUGCAGCUGGUACGGUCCUGAAUAUAUAAUAUGGUAUAUAAAGAUCCGCUGGAUUGUUUUUAAAAGAUGUUCAGUCCAGGUUUCCUUCCCUGUUCUUCCACUGUGAAUCCCAUCCAUAAAAAGUACUAUAUGCAUAGUUUUUCAAAUAUGAAUAACUUGCAAUUCGUGUAAAAAUUUCAGAUCUACAAACAGUCAAUGUUGGUCAGUUGAAGAAAUUGUUGGCCUCUAGCGUUGGUAAGAUAAUUAUGAUAGUAAAAGAUUGUGUUCCGAUUGAUCAGUAUGCUAGUGAAAGAUUCCUCCCACCGGCUAUAUGUAUACAGCUAUUUCAAUUAAGGUGGCUCGAUGCAGUUUUCAAACACGUCAGGUAUUUAACAGUUUGACAGUGUUAAACGUCGUAUUUUUAGCUUUUUCGUCUUUCAAAUUAUGUCAGUUUUGAUAACACAUAGUUCGUUGCUAUGGCAAGACACAAGUACGAAAUUCACUCUAAAAAAGCCUAUUGCUUUGUGUAGUUGGAAAAAGGCUCGGUGACCCCCAAUUUUUUUUCGUGCAUCAUUUUACUUAGAACAUACACUAACAAUAAGCAAAAUAUAAAAAAAUUCUGUCAUGGCAAAAUAUUUUUAUUGAGAAAAAUCACAUUUUUGCGUUUUUUCAAAAAAACUGGUAUGACAGAAUUUAUUUUGCUUAUUGUUGGUGUAUGUUCUAAGUAAAAUGAUGCACGAAAAAAAUUGGGGGUCACCGAGCUUUUUUUCCAACUACACAAAGCAAUAGGCUUUUUUAGAGUGAAUUUCGUACGCGUGUGUUGCCAUAGCAACGAACUAUGUGUUAUCAAAACUGACAUAACUUGAAAGACGAAACAUCAAAAUAGAUGAACAUCCUGAUAUCUGCGGCAUAAAACCUAAAAAUACGACGUUUAACACUGUCAAACACCUGAAGUUUUUGAAAACUGCAUCGAGCCACCUUAAGGUUGUCCCCGAGCAAAGCGGAAAAGUCGAAUAUGAGAGCGAAAGACUUGAGUGGGAAUUGCUAAAAAUCAUUAAUUUUUUAGCGAUUCCCAGCAAGCCAUUCGCGCUCGUAUUCGACUUUUCCGCUUUGCUACAAAGUGAACAAAACGGAGUCGAAAGUUGAUUAAUAAUCUUUUCCCGGUCUAAGUGGGAUGUGAGUUGACGAGAGUUGCUCGACUGAUAACACUUACCUCACAUCGCUAGAAAUCGCGGACAUUUGGAAUACAGCAUGCAUUCUCGCCCCAGUCCCCAUGUUCACUCUUAUUUUCAAAUUUUAUCAGGAAUGUAGAUGGUUAUCCACUUUUAACAUAAAAUAUCUUUUAAAGGUGAUCUACAGUCCGUACGUAAACAAAGCCUUUGUUUACAUUUUUGUGUCCAAAAUAUUGAGCUUUAUUCGACAACUAUUUAUAUUUUCAAGCUUCUAGAGUAUAAUAAAUGAUCAAGAAACAACAAUCAGGCUUCUCAAGAACUCAAAACAUAGUUAAACUGUUUGUAUCAUAAAAAGUGGGCUCAUUUGUGCACAUGCGCAGAUCGGACUGUAGAUCACCUUUAAGAAUCAUACAAAAUUAAACUUGUGCAUUGUGGAAACAAAAUUCCGUGAACUAAUCAAGGAAAAAACUAAAACCAAUAAUAAAAUAUAAUGAUUAUUUACGAUUGUUAAAACUGGGCAACAACGCAAUUAAAUGUGCGGCAGGAUUUCUAACUAAUUUAUCAAAACGACCAUAAUCCACAUUUUACAAAGUCAAAUUACGGCUUAAUGAUCGAUGACCUUAAAAAUGUGCGGUAAUAUUUAAAUAAUAUGCAGAUAUUAGUAUCCGAAACAAUUGUUCGCAUAUCUUAAUCUGUGGUGUCAAUGUGUAUUUGCUUCAUUCCAUGUUUGCAUAAAAUCGAAGGUUCGUUUAUUAGACACGAUCAUCAGGUUCUAAUGUUCCAACCUCGUCCCCAGGGCCUUCCUCGUGGUGGCGCGUGAGCUGAGGAAGACCCUGGUAAAAUACGAUGAAAUCUCCAAGAUUCUUGGAGAUUUAUCGCAUGCGCAGUAACGACAACGUUAUGUUGCUGACUACAAUUAGCGCUGGCGCUUACGAUUUUCUUGCUUGAAAAUGUACAUGUUUUGUUGAUUGUUUAUGGAUUUAUUCUCAAAGUUUUAACAACUUUUACGAAAAAUACUUCAGAUAUAAGCUGUGAACACACAUGUACACAAAACUGUGCAACAUUCAUCAUCACAUUGUAUCAAUUUGUCGGAGUAUAGCGCUCAAAUUUGUGACAUUGUUUUGUUCGCUUUGGCAACCCUCGUAUAUAUCAGAUGCUGUUCGGCCUCAAAUGCGACUGAAUAAACACUGAUAGUGUUGCCUGGAAUAUAAAAUGAUAUUGACUUAUUGUUCUGUAUAUCAAGGUAUGUAAUGUACAUUUAUACUGAAUUUAUUCGAUUUUUUUCACACGUUGCUUUCACAUUUUCUCAGAGUGUCGGAAAUCACAUUUUCUAAUAAACUCAGUUUCACACAUACAGCAAGACUUCAUUUCACACAUACAGAAAGACUUCUUCAUUAAUCACAGUUUUUAACAUAUAGAAAAACUUCAUAUUUUCUCAUCAGUUAAUCAAAUUAUGAUAACAGUACGUAGUAGGAAUGCUUAGAAAGAUUUUAUUCUGUUUUCCAUAUACAGUGUACAACUGUUAUUUCAAUUUUCUCUUUCCUAUAUUUUCUUUAAAGCAGGUACUGUUCUGUUACAAAACAACUAAUAAACAUUUUAUUAUUUUAACAGGUGAACCAUAUUUUACAUGAACUUGGGGAAAAAACAACUUGAAUUCCAUGGAAAUAUAUAUAAUCAUGUCAUCAAUCAGAUAGUAAACAAUCAUUAAGAUGGCCUCAAGAUUAUAUUUCACAGUGACCAACAUGAAAAUUUUUAAAUGGGAAUUAGUUGAUGGCAUUAUAGUUUUCUAAUGCUAUAUAAUUUUGUUCAUCAAGGUGAAGAAACCUUACCUCGCUAUACCUUUUCCUGUUACAGAGCUAUGGUAGUAAUCUUAGAAGAUUUUCAUGAUCCCUCUAUUCAGUAGUUCUUUAACCAGUCUGGUAUUAUGACUGUAUUAUAUUAAAUAGCCUUGUGUGACUUUUGUAUUUUCUUCCUUUAAUAAUACAUUUACAAUGGUCAAAAUUACAGUUUAAUCUUUGUAUUUCUAAUGAUAAUUACUUGCAUAUAUCCAUCACACUUUUCUGUUACUAUUAAACUUAUUACUAUCAUGCAAGUAAAAUCUCUUGGGAAAAAUAAAAUGUUGUCCCAGGAUAGUCAUAAAUAUCAGCUAGUAAAACUAAUGAAUAUACCUAUAAUCAUGUACAUAUGACUAUCAUAUAAUAUGUUGUAAUUCCUUUAAGUGUUUCCAAUUAAAUAAAUUUCUAUUUUCAGUUGUUCAUUGUUCAAACUAAUUUGAAACCUACAGUAUAUGUAGUUGCUAUGAUUCAGAUUAAUAUCCAAAAGUGUGCCUUUUACUUCAGUCCUUAUAGACUCCUCCCUAAUACAGACACUUUAUUGUGCUACUCCAAUGUUCAUUCAAAGUGAUCCAACUGACAUCUGAGCUGGUGAUAAUAUACAACAAAAUAUUGGAAGUAGGAGUAUAUCAGAUAAGUUGUUCAUUCAGUCAAGACCUUCAGGUUGUGCUGAUCAUCAUAUCAAACUCCAUCACAUAUUGUGCCUUAAAAAGGUCUCUUCAUAACACCUUUUAAUAAUUUUGGAACCCCAUUGGAUGCAAUUUUGGAACCCUUAUGGAUGUCUUUCUACCCCUUUAGGAUAUUGUUCCUGCCCCUUUGGAUAUCACUAAAACACCUAAUUUUUAGGAAAUCUCUUAAGCUACCCUCCACAAAAAUUUAAGGUAAAAACCCCCUCUAUAAAAUCCUCAUAUAGGAUAUCCAGACCUCAAUAGACAAUAGGGAGGGGGGGCUAUUAAAUGGAAUAGCCUAUUUGGAAUGGUGAGUGGUGACUACCAAGGAAAAUGAAACAUGCUGGCCUGCUUUACAUACAGAAUAAAUUUUGAAGCAUUUCUACUGUUACUUGUAACGAUAAUCAGAUUUGAUGAGAAAAUAUGGAGUCUUUCUGUAUGUUAGUGAUGUGAUCUCAUUGAUCAUAAAGCUGAAAUAGUUUGAAACUCGUGUGAAAAUAAAUCCAGUAUAAAUGUACAGUACGUACCUUGAUAUACGGAACAAUCAUUCAAUAUCGUUUCAUAUUCCAGGCAACACUAUCAGUGUUUAUUCAGUCGUAUUUGAGGCCGAACAGCAUCUGAUAUAUACGAGGGUUGCCAAAGCGAACAAAACAAUGUCACAAAUUUGAGCGCCAUACUCCGACAAAUUGAUACAAUAUGAUGAUGAAUGUUGCACAGUUUUGUGUACAUGUGUGUUCGCAGCUUAUAUCUGAAGUAUUUUUCGUAAAAGUUGUUAAAACUUUGAGAAUAAAUCCAUAAACAAUCAACAAAACAUGUAUAUUUUCAAGCAAGAAAAUCGUAAGCGCCAGCGCUAAUUGUAGUCAGCAACAUAACGUUGUCGUUACUGCGCAUGCGAUAAAUCUCCAAGAAUCUUGGAGAUUUCAUCGUAUUUUACCAGGGUCUUCCUCAGCUCACGCGCCACCACGAGGAAGACCCUGGGGACGAGGUUGCUAAUGUUCAGGUUUGGCGAUGAUUUUUUAGGCAAAAAUGACCCAAAAUAUAUCAUUCGAAAGCCCUUUUCGACUGUUUUUGUUUGUUUACAGUUUGUAAUCCUUUUAGUAUGAUUACAUUUUGUAAUAAUCGUUUUUGUAAUCCUUUUAGUAAUGCUUUCAGUUAUAUUUAGAGUAAUAAAUUACGGGGAUCGAAAGGGGUAAUAAGGGACAUAGACGUAAGGGAUGUUUCGGGAUUCAAAUGUCCGCAAUUUCUAGCGAUGACCUUGAUAAUUCUGGACAUCACAAAAAACUCAUCCAAUAACUGUUUUUAUUAUAUAAGGUAUAGUGCUUUAUGUACUAUUUAAAGCACUGAUAAAACUGAUAAUCUCACAUGUGCGAUUAUUUAUGAUAAUUUCACAUGUGAAAAUUAUCGCUUUUCAAUUAGCGCUUUUCUGUAAAACUUAUCGCUUUUCAAAGACUGUUCUUUAUAUAAUAAACAGAAAAAUACAUGGAUGCUUGGAAAUACCAGAUUUAUUUCUCGUGUUGAACAUGAUGUUCUCACUGGUUCGCUGCGCUCACUCUUGAGAUAUCAUAUUCAACACUCGAAAUAAAUCUGGUAUUUUCGCGCACUCAUGUACUAUUCUCUACAUGUACUUUUUAAAACACGCAUAGGAGUCUUUAUCAUAUUUCAAAUGCAAGUGCGCAGCACGAGUAUUUUAGAUAUGAUAAAACACUUCUACGCGUGUUUUACUGAAAUAGCUUCAAACACGACUACAAUAGAUGCCCUCUCAUUAGUAUUCUUUAUAUAAAGAAUACUAACUAGGAAGGACUUUUAUAUAAAGAAUACUAAUGAAGAUGAGUUUUGUCAGGUAUAAAGCCUCUUCACGUGACAUAUUACGGUUGACAUGAUUUGCCAAUAAGCUUACGAAUUAUUAAUGAGUGUUUGAAUGUUUUUUAAAACAGAAAAUCUAGAUAAAGCUGGAAAGGCCAUCCAAAAUCUUCUUCAAUAUGACCAGGAGAGAAGUAAGUAUAGGAUAUGUAGGAAUAUUCUCCUUCGGUUUUGAAAAGUAUCACUUUUGGCAUGCUCCGGAAAUAGACUACCAUAUUUGCAAGCGAAGAAGAGAAUUGAUAAUUUAUAACUAGAAGAGAUUUGAUAAUUUAUUAGUUAGGUUUCUGGCCAUUUUUAAUAUUUAUUGGAACAAUUAUACAAAUAUAUAUAUAUAUAUAACUACAGACGGUACCGUUUCGGCCUUAUGGGCCUCAUCAGUGUAGUGCUGAUGAGCAGGAUGAAAGUAACUGCUAUUUACAGUUAUAUAUAUAUAUAUAUAUAUAUAUAUAUAUAUAUAUAUAUAUAUAUAUAUAUAUAUAUAUAUAUAUAUAUAUAUAUAUAUAUAUAUAUAUAUAUAUAUAAAAUAGCCUUUUAAAAACACGGGCGCUGAUUGGUCAAAAGCUCAAAAAACCCGUGUUUCUAUAACUCGAUAGAAACAGGGGGAGUUUUCACGCAGGUUGCGUGGAUUGCGCGGGCGUUUAAAAGACAAAAUACAAACAAUAUUUAAUUUUGAAAAAAGUUGAAAAAUGUCCCGAAACGCCGAAGAACCGUUACAAAAAAAGGCAACAAUUUGCUAACUUAGAAAGCGAAGACCUAAAGCACAAAGUAUAAAUUAUAGCACACAUUGUAUCUGUUUGACUGUUUACCAAGGUAAGAUACUUUAAUUUUACUUUGUCCUUUCAAAAAAUAUUUCCUCGCGACGUUCUUAAUCAUGUUUACUAUAGUUUUUAAUCAUGUUUAAACGUUCACUAACUAUUUAAAACAGUGCUUUCUUUGCAUGCAAGCAUGUACGUUGUUGAGUGAAUUAUAUACUGUGUAAAGUAAGCCUGUUAAGUGCUGUCUGUUGUUUUGACAGCGAUGUACUUGUUUUAUACUUCGCUAUGCUUUUAUAAUUAUUCUUUACACGAACGUAUAUUAAGGUGGAAUUAAUAUUUUUAAUUAAUUUAUCUUUUCUAUUGUUUUUAAAAGGCUAUUUAAUAAAGGAAAUAGAAAACAUUUUUUCCGUGUUCCUAUAGAGUUUAUAGAAACACUUGUGAAAGUUUGGGAGAAACUCGAAAUUGCGUGGAAACACUCGCACUUCGUGCUCGUGUUCCCACGCAAUUUCUCGUUUCUCCCAAACUUUCACGCGUGUUUCUAUAACUCUAUAGAAACACGGAAAAUGUUUUCUACGGUAUUUCUUAAAUAUAUAUAUAUAUAUAUAUAUAUAUAUAUAUAUAUAUAUAUAUAUAUAUAUAUAUAUAUAUAUAUAUAUAUAUAUAUAUAUAUAUAUAUAUAUAUAUAUAUAUAUAUAUCAAUAUAUAUAUAUAUAUAUAUAUAUAUCACAUAAAGUGGAAAUGAAAACAAUUAGGCAAACUAGCAGAGAAGUAAAAAGAUGUGCAAGUCAAUGAAAACCAACUUAGCCGGAUCAGGAUAUGUCGCAAAGACUUGUAAAAUAGUCUGAUGUCAAUCGUGCAUCGUAAAAUGAUCCAGAUGAUCACUGUGCUCAAUAUAGGUGAAAUAAUAACAAAAGUAAUGAACAUUUAAUUCUACAUUUUAGAAGCUCAUAGCAGAAAUAAGCAAGUUACACCACAGCCUUACCCAGGUAAAAAUACAGUGCAGCUCUCUUUCAACUUUGGACUUUAUAUGAAUUGCUGUGACAUACGAUAUGAGGUUAACUGAUCGUGAAUUCUCUGCAAAUCGUAUUUCUCAAAUUAUGUUUUAGGUUAUCAACAAAGAUAUGGUGGAUACCCUCAACCACAAUCACAGUAUCAAACAACCUGUCCAGGUCAAUGUAGCAGCCUCUGUGCUCCAGCAUGCAGAGAUCCAUGCUGUCGGUUCCCACCUAGCAUGGGCGGAAUGAACUCGGCACCUCCUGCCCAAGCUCGUGGCUCCUACCAACAAGGAUUGGUUAACGCAUACCCACCAGGGACACAGUUGGGUGGUAGUCAAGGAAACUAUCAGCCUCAAGGAAACUAUCAGCCUCAAGGAAAUAAUCAGCCUCAAGGUUUUGGUCAGCAGUGUGGUCCACAGUGCUCAGGUCAAUCUUGCGCGUCAUCAUGCAGCCCAUCAUGCUGUGGGUCAGGAGGUCAGAUGGCACCUCCUGGUCAAGCUAAUGCUGGAUGUCCAAUGUCGUGUUUAAGUAAUUGUGCCGCAUCUUGCCAUGCUCGCUGCUGUGUGCCAGGGAGAAAAUGACGUGUUAAAAUAUGGGCAUGUUCGUACGCCGCAGCCGUCAACUUUGUGCUAAUGGUACUCAAUUAGCUUAAAACUGCAAGAUUGCUAUACUUCGUCUGCACGCGAUGGUGAAAAGCCUGUAUUUCAUUAUGCGCAUGCAUGGCUGAAAUAGAAAUCGAAAAGGCUUAGAAAAUGGCGGUUUUUGUUGCGACAUUUACGUAUCAGUAUAGUUGGCACUGCUGAAGAAUUGAUAAGAUUUUUUCUUUGACUUGAAAAUUACAAACUCUCCCAAUCGACUUUUAUUAUGAUAAAGAUGCAGGAAAACAAUAAUUGUGUUUAUUAAUAUAAACUUUGUAUAUUAUUCUAUUGAUGUAUGGGUACAGGCUGUGUAAUAACCAGCAAUGAAUUGCAGUGACCAAAUAUUCUUUUGUAAAAUAAAAAUUGUACAAUUCUAAAUGCAAUCGGAUUCUGGCGUAUGAAAGUUACUACUAAAGCCACAAUCCUUCAUCUAGAUUAUGGCGGAAUUUGGAAUGCGUGCUUGCUAUCGGUUUUCGACUAGGCGGAAUUUUGGGCGCGGAGCGGAUUUUUUCUUUCCUAAUUAGUUCCACCCGAGAAAUCACAAGACAAAGAAAAAUUCCGCUCCGCGCGCAAAAUUCCGCUUAGUGGAAAACCAACUUAAGCCCAUUGGGAUCACAUGCCACGAGUGCGCCAAGGGUGAUAUACGAAGGGUAAAUUGCUCUCAAUCAUAUAUUACGUGAAAACCGAGGGACAGUUAGAGUAAAGGUAAACUUGGCCGGUACAUUCUCCACAUGCAGUGUACAAACAAUUUGGAUUCUUGCACUUCACUUGGUGGAAUUAAUAUUAGAAUGUUAGGGUAUGUAAUCCAAGUGAGAAUAUAUACAUUUUAAGACCUAACCAGGAACGACUGCGAAAAAUGCAGCACAAGGUCCUCUGGUAGGAAUUGAACCUGCGGCCCUGCGAUUCCGGUGCAGCGUUCUAACCAACUGAGCUACAGAGGCCAGCUGUUGAGCUGUAACCGUAAGUUCAUGUAUAUAUAGAUAAUCGGGUGUGCGGGUUGUGAUAAGGUGGACUUGAAUAAUUUGGAUUCUUGCACUUCCCUUGGUGGAAUUAAUAUUAGAAUGUUAGGGUUGUAAACCCUAAUAUUCUAGUGUACAAACAGUGCACAUUCACACAUUAUUCAGUUCACUCCCCAACGGGGCUUUCAAUUUGCCCUGCGAGAGGAAACCAGAGCGCCUUGAGAAAACCCACAACUUUCGGCGGAGCGUAAACAAACUUUUUCACGUAAGUUCGUAGCGAGAAUCGAACCCACAAUCUCAGAGGUGAACGGCGCUUGAAAUUAUAAUUAUAGGCGACGGUAAGUCCAUUGUUCUAUGGGUGUUCGGAGGUCAAAGUGUGGUGGUUUUGGCCUUGAGGGAGAAUUUUAAAUAGGUUAGACGAUGUAUAGAAACCUUUAUAUACUAAAACCGUCUGUACCAGUGUAGGUAGUACCAAUGUGAAAAUGCUGUGCUGAGUGGUUAGUAAGGUAGUAAUAUAACAACUCAGCACAGUAUAGAAACCUUUAACCUAUACUGAAGAUGUUCUUUAAUGCUUUACAUUAUUGCUGCUCUUCGUUCUUGGACGCGAGGGAUUGACCUUUUUUGGGCUAUUGCUUAAUUUUUUGGAAAACUAAUAGACACUACUUCAAACAAAUCUCGUACCCACUCUGAUUUUUUUGUGAAAAACUGAAUGCCCUAGCCUUUUAAGUAUUCAUACAGAACACUUCAAAAAGUGGAGUUAUUUCGAUAAGGACAUCCUUGGUCAAAUAUAACCAGAUUUCUGAUUACAUUGCCAGAAAUUAAGAUAUAAUGAUCAGGAAAUGUAACCAGGAACACUAAGUUAACAAAAUAGUGCUAUUUAUAAGUUUAACAAAAGUGUUUUUGUAAUACGUUCACAUGAGAGCAAAAAGGUAAAUGAAAUCUACAUUGUACAGCUCGUCCAAAUAAAAAUGGCCUGCAUGGAAUGUGUUAACCACACGAAAAAUACUGACACAAAGAGGGGUGGUGUGCAAUAAAAUUGAGGCGUUAGCUGUGGAGGAAAUUGACAAUUUUAAAAAGAAUAUACACGAUAUACACUCCGAAAAUAGUUAACAUUUUAAUGAACGUUUUGACUAGGUUCCAGUCAUCAUCCUGAUGACUGAAAUCUAGUCGAAACGUUGGUUAAAAUGUUAACUACUUUCGGAGUGUCUAUUGUUUUGUUCUUUUUAAAAUUAUUCAAUGGCAACCGAGAUUGACAAUGUUUUUGUUGUUUUGUCUGAAAGAAUUUGAUCCUAAAAUGCACGAGAUAGCUACUGUGAAGCCAGAUUCGUGUCAAUCGCGCAGACAAAAACAAUAGAAAGGGACUGGAACUGACGUCCAAUAGCUCCUUCACUUUCCGCCAUCUGGCAAGAAGUGUGCAUCGAUUUAUAGAAUAACACUAUGGUUUUAUGAACUGAUAACUUGGUUAGCGAUACUACUCAGGCAGAUAGGAGGAAAAGACUCGCCCGAUCAGGGGACAAUUCUAUUUUGUCUUCAUCUAGUAUUUUCAAGGCUCGUAAGUACAUUUCUGUAUGUUGGCAUCGUUCAAAUGUCUUGUAGGUUCCUACCAACACGUUUUUCUUCGAUUUUCUUAUUAAACGCCUAUAUUGUUGAAAACGUGAAAUGUCAGGUCCAUUUAUAAAAAAAUAACUUGCAGCAUUAGAAAGCUUACAAAAAACUACAUAUAAGACAUUUAAACGGUUACCUUGACUUUUCAAACGGUGUUCGAUUUAUUGCUGUGAAACAGCAAGUGUGAAAAAUAGGCCAAAACGCGCAUAAAUCCUGCAUAGCACUAGUCUUAAAAUACGUUUUCAAAAGCUCAUAACUCAAGAAGGACUUGAAAAAUGAAGGUAACCGUUUAAAUGUCUUAUAUGUAAUUGUUUGUAAGCUUUCUAAUGCUGCAAGUUAUUUUUUCUGUAAAUGAACCUGAAAUUUCACGUUUUUAACAAUAUACAGUAAGAGUUUAAUAGGGACAUUGAAGAAAAACGUGUUGGCAGGAGCCCACAAGAAAUUUGAACGAUGCCAACAUACAGAAAUGUACUUACAGUACAAGCCUUAAAGACACAAGAUGAAGGCAAAAUGGAAUUGUCCCUCGAUAUGGUAAGUUUUCAUUCAUUUUUGUCCUCUAUAGCUGCCCGACUAUACGGUCCGUUAGAAAAACUGGAUUAGCUGGGGACAUAUAGUAUUUACACUAUCUGUUUCCAGGUAUAACUUAAAAAUAUAUCAGCAAUAUUAAAACUCAGCUGAUGAUCGGUAAGACCUUUUUCAUUAGAAAAAAAAUAAUUGAAGGUUAGAUGUGUUGUUGCCAAUAUUUUAGGAGGAGAGAGGAAGCGAGCUCAUCAGCAAAGAGAUGAUUAUUUGGGGAUGAACCACUGAGAAAUAUUGGCCAUGAAGAUGAUUGGCCAUGCAACGUUUUACGAAGGCACAUUUCAUUCCAUGCAGCAACAUCCCUCCUGGAAAAGAUGCGAUAAACCACUGCUAAUCUUGUCCAAAGUUGUAGAAUAUCAGGGUCGUUCCAAAAUUCGAAACGGUCUGCUAAUAUUUUGUGUUUACAUUUCAUCACGAGGAAUUCAUCCCAUGCUGGAAAUAUUUCAGGGUUGUUGCUAAACUCAACGCGGCCUGACAAGAUUACGAUUACAUAUCAUCGCGCCACGAAUUCAUCCCGCGCUGGAGUUCGGUAAAGCUAGCAGGGUGACUUCACUGUGAUGUAAGAAUUUUCUCAAUCCCAUCCAUGAUAUAGAACAACUAUAGACAACGCUAUGACGGAUCUUAUGUAAAUUCGAGUUACACACAAGCAUUUUUAUUGGACCCUCGGACACGGCUAAUUUAUUAGGUUUAUCGUCGUGAUCUUUUAUCCAACCCGAGCUUGGAGUUAACACCGCGAGGUAUGUACAACAUUCGCGAUCGCAUUUUCUUGCACGUCCAUGUAAGAAAUGGAAUAUACAAUGCAAGGAUUAUAGUACCAGUGUUAUUUUGAAAAAUAAGCAAGUGAACGAAUUGCGUCAGACGCAAAGAAGACACAGUAAAGUUUCCUCAUCCCAUGUUCUUUCCUUCGAAAGGAUAUGACGUGACUUUUAUUUUCAAACAACACCUGCAUCAUCGACACGGGAGGACGGUCACAGUUCGAUAGAACAUUCGCUUCUUCUCAACGGAUCAAAGAACAAACACAGGUAGGCAAAAGAUUAAAACAAUACAUUAUUAUUAGCAUAAAUCGAAUAGGUCAAAUUAAACUUUGUCAGAAAUUGGCUUUCUUGUGUGGUGAGUAUGUUAGAACGGUCACUGUAUCUUAAAAAUAGUCAGGUGACAACGACCCAAAUCAAUAGCAUUUAUUAUUUAUCGUUUUAAAAAUGUAAAAAGUAGUGAUACUGUAAUUUACGGCAGAAACGAUAGCCUAUAUAUAAAACAUAUAGUAUAUGUAAGCAAAAGUAAAAGAUACUGUAUUAGUAACAACUAUAUAUCUAUACAAUGGGAGAAAUAUGACAAACAAAGCCAUUUAACUAGUACCUGUGAAUUUGCUUUGUAAGAUCACUAGGCAGCCAAAACGCAGUGUUUUAAUUGGUUCAUUAGCGGCUCGGAUACUGGCCCGUGAACAUGGCCCAAUCGUGAUGAAAACAAAGUUAAAUGCAAGGCCCAACUUAUCCCUUUAUACUUGAGUAAUGGUCAGUGGAAACUUAUACACUUGUGACUCUGUUUGAGCUGAGCUCCUAACUUCUUCAUGACUUUUAAUAUAGUCUAUCAAGAUAUGAUGGUCUGGAAGGGCAGCAAACAUCAAGGCUACAAAAUAGAAUGCCUUUGGUUGUUGUUGAACUGUACCUCACCGUGCACAAAUCCUUUAUCUCACUUAAAUAUCAUUUCAUCUCAGCUAUUCCUAUUGGACGGUUACUUCGUUAUACGAAAAUGCAAUGAGCACAGUCACCCUGACCGUGCACAAAUUAACAUAAUAGCAUAGUUGCCCGGGUUUCUUUUGUUUCAACAGGGAUGAUUACUAACUAAUUGCCCGCUGUAGCUGGCGAAUAGUUCUAAUCGCCCGUUGGCAAGGGUCACACCCUUUGUCUCCCUGCCGACUAGGCAUUAGGCAAGUGCCUCACGCACAUAAUCGUGCAAGGAACAGCAACAGUUAGCUCAGAGCCGUCAAUAGUCUAUCAUCCGAUCCCUGAGUUGUUGCAUCAUUUAAAUUACGCACGUGCAGUCUCCGAUUUUAUACUAAUAUAUUUAGCGUUUUUUGUUGUGAUACGUUCAAUGAUAUAUUGCGCAUGCGUAACCGAUUAAAGCGUAAAAAGUGCGCAUGUGCAACAAGCGUUUACAUCCCACAAGCAAAGAAGCAAAUGUUUUAGCUUAAAUUCGCUGAUUGAAAGUAGCGCAUGUUUGUCCAUUUUUAAAUGGGAGUGCAACUAUGCUAUUACAAACUAAUAGCAUGGCUUUUCGGAAGAUUAGUGAUUAAAUGAGCCCUUACCCUCGGCAGGUUUCCGGAAUUCCCUCGGGCUACGCCCUCGGGGAUUCCGCAAACCUGCCUCGGGUUACGGGGCCAUUUAAUCACUAAUCUCUCUCAAGCCAUGCUAUUACUUAUAAUAAUUACAUGGUAGCCUCGGUUUCUUUUGUUUCAACAGGGGCUUUUAAUCACGUAUUUCGCUCAUUCUGCGAUCUUUCUCAAAGGCCAAACUAUAAUAGUUUUUACCUGUAAACCACAUAUAAAUCAUAAGCAUUCUCUAUUUAUAAUCAAUCUUUCUAUUUUCGGUUCUGAGCAGUUGUAUUUCGGUUGUUUAGAAAGAUCUUUGCGACUGUUAACAACCAUAUUGAAACCAGAUUUAUAAUAAUUCUUAUCACAGAUACGCAUUCAUUACAAUUAUAAACCCUGAACAGCAUUCAGGCAUUUAUUAUUUUUUGUGAACAUAUAAUAAGACGAGUGCGCCAUACCAAAGUCUUGAAAAGAAGCCAAGAUUAAGACUGUACAAUUAUUCACACUAAGUAUUGUAAUUUAUGUUUAUUCGUUCUUUGUGAAACAUAUAAUAUUCAACGGUCUGUUCCAUUGUAGGAAGUGCCAAUGAUAAGAAAGUUAGUCACUAAUUUCCCUAAUUGCGUCCCUAUCAAUCCGAAGCUUUCGUAACUUAUCCCCGAGCCGAAGGCGCGAAGCGCCGUGCAAGGGUACUAAUUCCGCCCGGCUAUUUACAUCCGGGGAAACGAAAGCAUUAGCGAAGUCUAAAGUUCAUCAAUGAUCGCGGGCGUGGCUCACCAACGAAGUUUCGGCGGGUGGUCAUCCUCACUGAUCUCAUAAUAUAGCGGACUGUCAUGAAUAGCCAACAAUCAUUGGUCCAAUUUAAAAUUUGCAUUAUAAUAGCAAGCAUUACUUGAUUUGAUGAUUUCUUGCAAAUAUAUUUCACUUUUGCAAGAUUUUGUAAAUUUCCAAAGCUUUUUGAUAAAAUAAAGGCGAAAAAAUUGCUAAAAGGAGGGAGUAAAAGCGCCGACGUUAACGAAGGUAAGUUUGUUUUUAAUAUUGAUGCAUUGUUUGCUUUUAAUAUACUGUAAUUACUUUAAAAACUGAUCGUUGCCAGGUUGCGUAUAAAUAUGAAACAAGACAGCAUAUUAUUUCAGUGUUUCUUUAUUGAUUACCCUUUUUAUUACAAUAAGCAAAGUUAUUUUCAUGCGAGAAUUUGGAAUAAUUUUACUUCGAACUCAAAGUUUAUCGAUACAAGCAGUUUAGUUCUAUAUAAAUAUUAUAUUAAUUUAAAAGAGCACUUUAAAACGUUCUGCGAAGCGUUUGUGAAUUUUACCUUAAAUUGAAGCUUAUAUUAUGAUCUCUAUAAUAACAUACCUAACAUAUGUAUGUUUGGGAAAUUGAUAAUUUUGUAAUUAAAAGUGAUAUUUUUAGGGGAAUUUUCAUUUGAAAAAUAUUCUUAAAAAAUUAUCGUGCUAUAUCUUUAAAUAAACACAAUCAAAGUCACCCCACAAGAAAAUGCCCGUUGAUAAGUAGCUAUUUUUGUGACUGAUUUUCAAGACAACAGAAACUUAUUAACAAUUACAUUCUAUUUCAUGAUCAUGACCAACAAAUUGCGUAGCCUGUUUAUAUAUGUACAGUGCAGGAUGAUUUGGUCUGGCUUGCGCAUGCGUAUGAAUCUAUUUUCAAUUUCUUACAGGAGCGGCGUAUGAUAAUAAAAGGAUGAAGACAACUCCAGUUAUUCUUCUUUUACCUUUCCUGUUUGCAUUCGCUCUCAGUGAAAUAGGUAUGUAAAUGGUAUACAGUUUUUAUAACUUUCAUGGAUAUUAAAAGGAAAAUCCAGUUUCUUGCUGGAGGGAUAAGUAAAAUAACUGAUCUGAUAAAAAUUCUGAAGGUGUUCUUCCUAAUCAUAAUCUUUUCAAAUCUGAAGUAUUUUGAUCAAUAUAAGUGAACAAGUUGUUAUGUAUUUUAGAUUGCAGUAGUAAGAUAAGCAAGAUUAUUUAAACUACAUUGUAAUCGACAUAACAUAUAAUAAUUAUAUGCGCUUGGCUAUUUGGUGACAAGCUCAAUUAAUGAAAUGGAAUCAUAUAUCAGCAUCGACGAAAAAAGACAUUGAAGCUGAAUUUGAGGCAGAGCUUGUUAAAAAUUUAACGUAGAAAUCCCGUUGUAAACGAUUUCCGAUACUCGUGGAAGACCGAGGCUUGCCGCUGUAAGCCAAGUCCACGCGUAUCCGGAUUAGUUUGUACCCACAAACAUUUAGUUCCGGAUACACCUUCCAUCCACACGUAUCCGUCGAAAGUACACACUGAAGCCGCAAGUUUUGAAAAGGUCUCCAGGGUGGAAAUUUUGAAAACGCAACCAAUGCGGAUACCUGUGGUUACUGUAACCGGAUUGUUUUGAAAACGAUGAUGUAAAUCGAUGAAACUCGAGAUUCGCAACGCUGAUCUAUACUGUCCUUGGGACUUUUUAUUCCAGAAUCAUUUUUAAAAGAAGCUCUAUUUAAUUAUCAGUCCUUAGGGGAUCGUUCAUAUUUUUUUUUCUCUUAAGCCGGUUUUCCAGUAGGCGAAAUUUUGCGCGUGAAGCGGAAUUUUUUUGGUCUUUCUAAUUACAUUACUUCCACCCGAGAAAUUACAAGACAAAGAAAAAUUCUGCUCCGCGGGCAAAAUUCCGCCUAAUAGAAAGUUGGCUUUCGAUUCACAUUUUCUCUACAAUUCCACAUGUUUCUUGUUCGUAUACACUCUGACCAAGGAAUUUUCGGGGAUGCAAUUAACGGAUUGCCUGGUUCUGAUCUCGACUACGUCACUCGACCAAACUCAGCACUCGCGACUUAACCAUUCGAUAGCCCAUGCUUCGGUAAGUGACUCGUAUCGUUUUCGUCGGAAUGUAUGGACCGUCGUAAAAGCAAUGUGUGGACACGUACUUGUUUUAAUCUGCAACAAAGUGUUUGCGGAUACAAACGAAUCCGGAUACGUGUAGACAGGGUCCAAAUUUCAAUUUCAACGAUUCAAAUAUUUAUUACUUAUAGACAUUGGUAAUAAACGAGCAGCAAUAGUGAAUUUCAUAAAAUCGAGACGCGCAAACACCGGACUGCCAGAGAAAAGGAGAUGGAAAGGCAAAAUGUAUUCGAGUAAGUUUCACUACACUUUCGUCUGAUAUUGUGGGCAUUAUGCAUAAACAUGCCUGCAGCUUUUCUAGCUUGACUUAAAUUGCAGUUGACCUAUUCACGUCAUCCGAUACAAUCCUGCAUGAAUUGUGGUCAUUGUAGGAAUUUUGGUGUGAACCAAAAAGUCAGGGACCUGUUGUACGAAUGUUGGAUAACGCUAUCCACCAGAUAGUGAUUUUUCAACCAUUGUUAAAAUGCUUAAAAGCUACAAAAUUACGGAUGUGAACCGCACAAUUAAUAGAAGUAAGCUUCAAUUUAUAUAUGCUAACGAUCAAUCUGAGUUAUACGAAUCAAUGGUUUAGCGCACGUUGAUAUUAAUACAUUACAAACCAUAUAUAAAGCACUAGCGCAGCCAUAUUUUAAAUAUUGUUCCACCCUAUGGGGAGACUGUGGUAAAUUGCUUCAAGAUAACUGGUGCCACUUACAACCGGCUCUAGCAUAAAAACUACCAUAACAAAGGCAAAUGACGCAUCCAUAACACACUUGUCGAUGGACACUCAAUUGUCUGCUUUUUACAUUCAUUUAGAACUUCGCAAAGACGAAAGUCCUCCACCAACGAACAACCAACUGGCUCCUAGCCAAUAUGAUGCAACACCUCCACCUGGAGGUGCUGCCACACCUGCAGCUGGUGGGACACCUGCAGGAGACGUAAGUACAGGACGACCAUAUGGAGGUGGUGCAUCGCCCUACGGACAGCGACCACCUUACGGUCAACAAUCACCAUAUGGUUCACCUUACGGUCAACAACAAUCUCCUUAUGGUCAAAGACCUGGUCAACAAAAUCCUUACGGUCAACAAGGCUAUGGUCAACAAAGUCCUUACGGUCAACAAGGCUAUGGUCAACGACCCCCACACGGUCAACAAGGCUAUGGUCAACAACCUGGUUUCGGACAGAUGCCCCACGGGCCUAAGGGAAAAGGUCCACCAAAUGGCGGUCAGAUUCCGCCACCACAGCAAGGUGGUGCUGGUGGCGGUUGUGGUACGGCUACUGUAUGCGGAUCAUUUAGUUUAAGCAAAGAAGACCCCACAAGUGUUAUCGCUCCACCACCAAGACUAGUGAUGAACCCAAUGCAACAACCAUGUAUGCCGCCAAUGCAAGCUGGUUGUGGUGGAAUGCAACCAAUGAUGCCACCAAUGAUGCCACAAAUGCAGUCUCCGAUGUGUCCUUCGAUCUGCAACAAGAGAUGUAUGGUUACCUGCCCGCGUGCCUGCUGCACAAAAUCAGCUGUAAAACCGGAAAAAGGUGAAAAAUCAGAAAGAAAAUAUGGGAAGUGCCCAGCGGUAUGCUCGGUCUACUGUGCACCGGAAUGCCCACACAAUUGCUGUGGUCCUGGGGGUGCACGUCGGUCUUUCAUACCGCGGGCGUUUCGUGCAAGUGAAUUGACACCCCCUGCGUUAUUUAGAAUCGAGCAAGAAGCUGGUGACCUAAAACGCCAUUAAGACAACUGAGCUGUUGAGUGUGUUAGGUUUCACUGUUUGACAUUAGUUAGUAAAGAAAUAGUGGGGAACUAGUUCUGAUGUCAUUACGCGGCCAUUAAAUAUGCCUGGGCUUGGUACAGAGAGGAAAUUGGUUGGGUGACUGUUUUGAUACACUUUUUAAUGUAUUUUCGUUAAUACCAAUUCCAGGUAUCGAUAAUGACCGCCCUUUAAAUUCUGGCAUUUUCUUUCUUACAUAGGAUCUUCCCGAUAA